UUUAGGGACGGAGGGAGUACAUGGUAUUUGAUUUGCAAAUUUCUUGAGUCCCGUGCCUAGAACUUGCACGUGCAUCGAGCCGUGUAAAAAGUGGAAGAGAGGGGUGGCAACAUCAACAUCAAAUCAGGGUACAACCCACACAUUAAAUGUAAUACAUUAAUUACAAAGUUCACAAUAUAAAUAGACCUAAAUUUAACAUUUUCAAUGUCCCCUAUCCAGGGCAUACUUCUUCAACUUCAAGAUUACACAUGAAUCAAACUCCACAAAUUCAAGCCAAGUGGGUCAUGUUUAAAGACUUAAAGAUACAAACAAAGGAUACAAGCAAUACACGUACAACUUUGACGGUAGUGCACCAUAAACACUUCGUUCAAUUCUAAUUCAGUUUUGAAGAAUUAAAGAUAAAGAAAUAUUUUUUACUCAAUAUUGCUAUUACAUUAAUGACUUUAAUAAACUAGAUUACUUGGUAUUACCAGUUUACUUUUCAAAUCUUUUUUGAAGACCUUAAAAACUAUGAAUGGUGCAUUAGAAAUUAGAAUUAUGAUACUUUUUUUAAAUAGAUGAAGGGUGUGUUCUUCAAAAAAACUGUGUUAUUUUUUAGUUUAAGAUUCAAGGCUCAAAGCAAUCCAUUACAUUCAGCCUUUUACUCUAAAUAAAUUUUAUAUUAGUCAACUGUCUUACAAAAGAUAGUGUAAAAAUUACCUUUGAAAAAUAAUGAAGAGUAUUUUCCAAAUAAGCAGUUUUGAUCAAUAGUCCUUGAAAUAGCUAUUCAUAGUGCAAGUAUAAAUAAAUUUAUAUAAAUCCAGUGAAUAAUAUUGAGUUGAGAAGACAAACACGGUGUCUAAUGUCAGGUUUACCUUUAUGAUUGACACAAACAUAUGCGUCUCGGAGUGCACCUACAAAACGAAUUAGUUUCAAUUGGAAAUUUCAUUUACAGUUAAAAAAAUUCUUUGGAGUAAAAACAUAUUUAGAUUCACAGCCCUUAUUGUCAAGAUCUGGGAAAGAAAGCUCAAAAAAUAGUUUCUGCUACUUUCAUAUUUAUGUCUGUUUAUAUAGCAUGUGUACUUAUUUUAGAUUUAUAUAAAAAAAACAGAUCUAGAUCUGCAUGUCAAAUUAUACAUUUUGAAAUGGUUAAACAAAUUUGAAGAUAGAUGGAUGAAGUUUCUGAGGAAUUUUUGUAUGAACAUACUGAAAUCCAGAAAUUUCGAUAAACUAAUAUCAAACAAGAAAAAAACAGAUCUAAGAUAACCUCGGGAAAAUUUAAUUAGAACAAGGGGAUAUAUAAACAUACAGAUACUAAACAUCAAAAGAAAAUCAGUAUUUCGGAGUGGAAGAAAUGGAACACUACGCCUACCUCCGACAGUCGUUUCCCGGUGUGCACUUUCGACAAGUUACCGGGGCAAGAAACGGAUGGUCACGAGCGAUGGUGUACCGGCGCAAUUAACAGGCGGAUUCGGCCGUCGUUUCUGUUCUUUGAUGGAAAACUCUAGAGAGAUAAAUCUGGAGAAUUUAGUUGGUCGGCCAAAUUGAGAGGAAAAUGAGGUUGCGGCCAAAGUGAGAGGAAAACUCUAGAGAGCCCUAAAUUGAGAGAAAAAUCGAAAACUCUAGAGAGAGAGAGAAAGCUACAGAAUUUGGGGUAUGAGAAGAUUAUUGAGAGGAAAAUGGGUUGUCACGAUAACUAGGGUAAAGAAGUGAAGCCCAAAUUCAAAGGAGUCCAAUAAUAUUUGAAUAAUUUACGCUAUCACAAAAUGAAAAAAUGUCGGGCAAAAAUGUUGGAUUACUACUAAAGAAAUUGGUAUUCAGCCAUGAUCAACUCUAUGUUGUAAUUUCACAUUUUGCAAACCGCAAGGGUUAAAGAUCUUGAUUUGAAAUAAAGAUCUUUCGUCAUCCAACCAAAUAACGAAUGUAGUUUAUAAAGAAGUGUUCCAAAAGUUAAAACACUUCAUAUUGACCACGGUCCUUACUGUACACUACCUUAUUUUGGGCAAUUUUAAUAAAAUUUGUAAUCUUUUAAGUUUUGUAUCAUUUUCUGUUAUUCCAAACCAAGACUAAAUAUAAGUAAUUUUACAGCCCGUGCAUCGCACGGAUGGAGACGCCGAAAAACGCGGAGAGAAGUUGGGUCCGGCAGCGUUGCAUCGGCAGAGGCUCCUUCGCCACCGUGAGUUUGGCCGUCAGCAAGGAGGACGGCCGCGUUUUUGCCGUGAAGUCCGUCGGCGGCGCCGGCGCCACCGCCUCCCGGAUGGAAUCGCUCGAGGAUGAAAUCCGGAUUCUCCGGACGCUUUCGUCGCCGUACGUCGUCAAGUACCUCGGGGAGGACGAGACUUGGGAGUCGGCGCCGGUCAGGAAUUUGCACCUGGAGUACUUGCCAGGUGGCACCGUCGCUGACGUGGCGAAGCGGGGCGGCGACGAGGGGCUGGUCCGGAGCCACGCUCGGUGCGUGGCGGAGGCCCUGAGGUACGUUCACGCGCUUGGCAUUGUGCAUUGCGACGUCAAGGGCCAGAAUGUGCUGGUGGUGGGCCACCCCUCCUCCGGGCUUGCCAAGCUGGCGGAUUUCGGAUCGGCGGUGGAGAUUGGGAGUGAUCGGACGGGUAAGAACUCGCCACGUGGCAGUCCGUUGUGGAUGGCGCCGGAGGUCGUCCGCGGGGAGUACCAGGGGCCGGAGUCCGACGUGUGGUCCCUCGGGUGUACGGUCAUCGAGAUGCUCACCGGUAAGCCGCCGUGGGAGGACCGCGGCGCCGCCGACACGCUCCGCCGAAUCGGGUACUCCGACGAGCUACCUCGGAUCUCGGGCGAACUGUCGGAAUCCGGCCGCGACUUCCUCGGGAAGUGCUUGCAGAGGGAUUUCAAGAGGAGAUGGAACUGCGAUCAGCUGCUGCGCCAUCCAUUCCUUUCGGUGGUCCCUCAACUACCGGAGUCUCCCUCCUUUUUUUCGUCGCCCCGCCGAGUGCUGGACUGGGUCGACUCGGACACGGACUCGGAGUGGAACUCAGCGAGUGGCACCGUAAACUUCUCGGCGAAGGAAAGGAUCGGGAGGUUAGCUUCGGGGGCAAAAGGGUCAGAUUGGGAAACCGACGGGUGGGUGGCCGUGAGGAGGGAGGGGGAAGGGGCAAUUUCGGAAUUACAAAAUUUGAUUAGGACGGAGGGGCAAAUCAGUCCGGAAAAAUCUGAUUCCGUGGGGAUUGAAGAAGAGAGGACAAGUGGAAGCGAAGAGCGUUCAAGUUCCGGAAUUGACGGAGACGGCAAUAUUCAAGGCGGCGAAGGGCCAAGCACGCCGUGGGUUUCGCCGGUGCUCCGCCCGGUUGCCGGCGGUGGUGAUGACGACAACCGCUUGUACAUUUGUUUGAAAUAUGUAGUGUUUUUAUUAAUGACAUUCUUAAUUAGUGUUUACCGAUUUGACAAAGUAACGAGUGCCAAGGAGACAAAAGGUUUUGAGGAUUCAACAGUUCAGGACAAGAAGGAAAAAAGAAGGAUAUGGAUUUUAGCUCUUAAUUGGGACUAUGUUAUAAAAUUACAAAAUAAUUCGAUCAUAUUAUAAAUUAUAACUCAAUAAAAGAAAACAUGUUAG